AUGGCAAGGACAAAUAUUUGGUGAAAAUCAAACACAGUUUAAAGAUGUGUGGUGAUCUAGAUAGAUCUGAUAAAUAGACUUCAUUAACUUAACUUUGUGUCAGGUGGCUCGAAUGAGGUGCCUGCUGUGUAGUAGUUUACUCCUAGCAGGAGUGCUGAGUAAACUAGAAGCUGGAGAAGGACUAUCUGGGUAUACCAGAGAUAGAUCUGAAUCUGGAUGGGAUGAGGACGGAAGGAUUGAUGCCUCUGGAUCAUUUGCAUAUUCUGACCUGAUGAUUCUUCCCUCAACUCAUCAAGAGGUGAGAUCAGGAAGUAACCUGGUGUUAACUUGCCGGAUCCGUAAUCUGCAGAACUGGAUUGGUUCUGAGGCUCUAAAGCUGGCCUGGUAUACUCCAGAUAGGGUCCCUGUACACAAUGACCUCAGUAUGUACACUAUAGAGGAGAGAAUGACAGCGGAAAUAGAACCAGCAACAGGAUCAAUAUCUCUUUUCAUCAAAAAUAUUAAAAAGUCAGACGCUGGUAGAUAUAUGUGCAUUAAGUCAACCGGCACUAAAACAUACUCAAGGACCUACGUGCAAAUCAAAGUGUUUGAUGGAUUACGAUGGCAGGACAGUUCAGCAGUACAGUUGGCAGUUAUAAACACAAAUACAACAAUAUUUUGCAGAGCUGAAGCUACCUAUCCACCUAGAAUUGACUGGAUUCGGCAUGAUUCAACAGUAAGAUCAGAUGCGAAGUUUUCCGUUGUGCCUGGAGGACUGCACAUAAACAGUGUGCAGUCAGCUGAUGCUGGAGUGUACAUUUGCCGCGCUACAAUCACAGAAACCGGUGAAAUGGAAGAGCGCUCUAUUGAGCUGCAGAUUGGGACGCCACCUUAUUGGAUUCGGAAACCUAAGAAUAUUACAGUUCAGGUCGGAGCCACCGUUAGAGUAGAUUGUUUGGGAGAUGGGUAUCCUACUCCUACAUCCACAUGGAUAUACAAACCUAACCAUGAUAAACCAGACGGAGAACUCACGGAUUUCAAGAAUGGAACCUUGCUGUUCGGAUCUGUUACCAAAAAUCAGGAGCACGCUAAACUAAAGUGUAUUGCUACAGGAGAGCCUAUACCCAAAAUCACGUGGUCUAAACCAGUGCCCAGAGAAAAUUCUUCAGAAUUAAUAAUAGAAGAUGUACGUGAUGAACCCGGAGUUUUGGAUAUUCAAGACGACGUUUAUCUUGAUGAAAUCACUCAGGAGUACACAGUGGAAUCUACAGUUAGUAUAGUCAGAGUUAGAAGAAAAGACGAUGGUGAUUAUAUCUGUAGGGGAAUGAAUGUAGGAGGAGGAAUGAAUGUAGUUGGAAAUAUCAAAGUUUUGUUCCCACCUGAAUUUCAAGAUCAGCAGACAGUUGCCUUGACUUGGCAUCAGAAAACUGUAGUUAUCAACUGCUCAGUUGUAAGUCUUCCCGGAGCAAGUCUUAGUUGGUGGCACAGGGGUCAACAGAUAGGUCGAGAUAAUCUGGACAGAAACUUUAAAAUCUACUCGAUACAGUCAUUCAGUCAACUGCAUAUAGCGAGGUUUUUAGUUUUUACUGCUUCGUUGAAAAGAAAGUAUUAA